AUGAUACACCCAUCUCGGCAAGCCUACGUGGAGGAGGCAGAGGACACGGAUAUGGGAAUCGAUCUCGCCAACAUUCCCACCGAUCAAGACUAUGAUAUCCCCGCUACUGGCGCGGGCAUUCCCGCCGAGAGGGCCUCCGCUAUAUACUCCCAAUUUGAGCGCAAACGAAGAGCAGCCGCGAUGGCUGUACCGACGGACGACACUCGCGUACGCGCACGCUUACGAGAGCUCGGUGAACCUAUUACACUUUUCGGCGAAGGACCUGCGGACCGGAGAGACCGAUUACGUGAACUGUUAACCGAUUUGUCGGAACAACAAGGUGGAAUGGGUGACAUUGAAAUGGAAGAACCCGAGGAGGAGGGAGAACAACAAGAAGAAUUCUAUACCGAGGGCACAAACGAGCUCCUGGAGGCCCGCAAGAAUAUCGCCCGGUUUUCUUUGCCAAGAGCAAAGGCCCGUGUAGCGCGGCUCAAGGACGAAUCGAACAUUCCACUCCGAACGCACGUGAAGUAUCGCAAAGAGGUCAAAGAAGAAUUGAAAAAGUUUGACCUGUACGGGUCUCAGAUCGCGGGUGACCGACCUAUCAGUAUCUGUCGCUUUGCGCCAGAUGGCCAGACUGUUGCGGCCGGAAACUGGAGCGGAGGAAUCAAGCUGCUCACAGUCCCCAACCUGGAGGAAAAGGCAAAUCUCAAGGGACAUACUGACCGAGUUGGUGGACUGUCGUGGUUCCCCGGUGCUACUUUACCCGAAUCCAAUGUUUCACCGUCUUCAGUGAACUUGGUCUCCGGCGGAGGCGAAGGAGACAUUAACUUGUGGUCACUCGACCAAGAGAAACCCUUGGCAACAUUGUCGGGUCAUUCUGGCCGUGUCUGCCGAACAGAAUUCCAUCCAUCAGGGCGAUAUGCAGCGUCGGCAUCCUUCGAUACGACCUGGCGCUUAUGGGAUGUGGAGACUACAACAGAGCUUCUUUUGCAAGAAGGUCAUUCCCGAGAAGUCUACACUGUGGCAUUUAACAGCGAUGGAUCUCUACUCGCCAGCGGUGGAUUGGAUAGUAUUGGUCGCAUUUGGGAUGUUCGACUAGGACAGACAGUCAUGAUUCUUGAAGGUCACAUCCGGGAGAUCUACGGCUUGGACUGGGGUGUGGAUGGAUAUCGCGUGUUGUCAGGGGCUGCAGAUGGAUGGGUCAAAUGCUGGGAUCUGCGACAAGUACGCAGUACGGGUGGAAUUGGUGCACACAAGAGUGUUGUAUCGGAUCUCCGAUGGUAUAAGGGAACCGAGCCCACGGAUCAUUUGAAUGGCCAAAUGGAGGUCGACGGAGCUUCAUCAAAAGAGAUCCAACCUAAGAAGGCUGGCACAUUCUUUGUGUCCAGUGGAUUCGAUAAGAAUGUGAAUGUCUUCAGCGCCGAUGACUGGUCACUGGUCAAGACAUUGAGUGGACAUGCUGGCAACGUUCUCAGCACAGAUAUCAGCAAUGACGCUAAAUGGAUUGCCAGCUGUGGUCAUGACCGCACAGUGAAGCUCUGGGGUACUGAAUGA